AUGUCAGCUAAAGAUUUUUAUUCAUCAGGAGAUCAAUCUUCAUUUACUCCAAAUCAUUCAAAUCAACAAGGUGAACAAGGUCAGUCAAAUCAACAAGGUCAAGAACAAGAUAGAGGUUUAUUAUCUGGAAUUGCUGGAGCUGCUGCUGGUGGUUAUGGUGGUCAUAAAUUAGGUGGUUCAAAUCAUGGAACUUUAGGUACUAUAAUUGGCGCAAUUGGUGGUGCUAUUGCUGGUGAUAAAAUUGGAGAUAAAUAUGAAGAACGUCAUGAUCAAGGAAAUCGUCAAGAACAUCAUCUUUUUGGUGGAGAUAGAAAAGAUGAUGAUAGAAGAGAUAAUUUUGGUGGAAGAAAUGAUUAUGAAAGACGUGAUGAUUAUGGUAGAAAUGAUGAUUAUAAAAGAAAUGAAUUUAGAGGUAAUGAUUUUGGUGGAAGUGAUAACUUUGGAAGAAAUGACAACUUUGGCGGUAGAAAUGACAACUUUGGCGGUAGAAAUGAUAAUUUUGGAGAUCAAAGAUAUAAUGAUAAUGAUAGAAGAGAUAAUUUCGGUGGUUCUGAUCGUCGUCAAGGAGGUUGGUAA